AUGCUGGCUUUGACUCCGACCAUGGCAAAAAUCAUCUUGCGGCACCUCAUAGAGACUCCGGUGCGCUACGAGGAGGAGUUUGAAGCUCGAGGUUUGGAAGACUGCAGGCUGGAUCAUGCUUUAUACGCGCUGCCGGGGCCAACCACGGUGGACGUGAGCAAAGCCAGGGCGGCCCAGGCUCCUCGGGUGGACUCAGUGGUGGAGAUGCCGACCCAAGAAGGCAAGUCCCGCUUCCAGAUCCUGCUGGACGUGGUCCAGUUCCUCCCCGAGGAUAUCAUCAUUCAGACCUUCGAAGGCUGGCUGCUGAUCAAGGCUCAGCACGGAACCAGAAUGGAUGAGCAUGGUUUUAUCUCAAGAAGCUUCACCCGUCAGUAUAAGCUGCCAGAUGGCAUUGAGACCAAAGAUUUGUCUGCCAUCCUCUGUCACGAUGGAAUUCUGGUGGUGGAAGUAAAGGAUCCAGUUGGGACUAAUUGA